UCAUCUCUAUUUUUUUUCUCACAUUCUCUUUCCACCCAUAUUCCCAUCGAACUCUCUUAAGCAGAGCAGUAAAAUCAGCAGCAAACCAGCUUUCCGACUCCAAUCUUCUACUUCCACUACCACUUCAGAUCUUUGUCUCUUGAAUCUUGGAUUUCCAUCAUCAUCAUCAAACGCUUUUAAAAGCUCUGUAAACACCCCUGCCCUACCUUCCCUAGUUCAAAUCUCUGUAAUCUUCCCACACUCCCGAAAUCUCUGAAAUACCAGCUUCUUCAAACUUCUACAAAUAGCUAUAGAAGUCCUGUAUCGAGCGAAAGAAGAGAGUUUGUGAAGAAUCAUAGUAGUCGGGAAGAAGAGGGAAGAAUGAAGAAUUCGGUGUCAGAAAGGAGCAUAUACAUCGAGAGUGAGGAAGAGGAUAUGAACGACGAAGAGGAGGUCUAUGGAAAAGGAGGAGAGGAUGAGAAUGGCCACGAUUCAGAUUCUUCGGAAUCUUCUUCCACUGGCAGUCCUCAGCCAAACAGACCUAGCUCUUACAACACCUCAUGGCCGCAGAGCUACAGGCAAUCCAUUGACAUGUACAGUAGCGUACAAUCGCCGAACAUUGGGUUUUUGGGCACUCCAACAUUGUCCAGAUUGAGCAGUUCCUUUCUUUCCUCUUCUCUACAAAGGAGACACACUCCUGAAAUACUUUCCUCAUUGAUUAAGCCUUUGUUACCCACAGUAGCAGAUCAACAAGAACAACAGCCACAACAUCGGAAAAGCUCUCAUUCUCUUCUCCCUCCUAUCCCUUCAAGGAAGCCUUCCUUAAAGAAGUUAGUCCAUGAUAAAAAGCCCUCCCAACCAUCACAUGAAAUCCCUCUCUCUCGCCAAAGCUCAUAUGGUCAGGCUGUUUUAAAUGGCAUUAAUGUGCUUUGUGGAGUUGGGAUACUCUCCACUCCUUAUGCGGCCAAGGAAGGAGGUUGGUGGGGCCUCUCUAUAUUGCUUGUGUUUGCAGUGCUCUCGUGGUACACGGGAGUUCUCUUACGCCAUUGUCUUGACAGUGAACCAGGACUUGAGACCUACCCAGACAUUGGUCAAGCUGCUUUUGGCCGUUUUGGCCGCUUUGCCAUAUCUAUCAUAUUGUAUGUGGAAUUGUAUGCAUGUUGCGUGGAAUAUAUAAUUCUGGAGAGUGAUAACUUAUCAUCUCUGUUCCCAAAUGCGCAUUUGAGUUUAGGCGGUCUUCAUUUGAACUCUCAUUAUCUUUUCGCAUUGAUGACAACCCUUGCUGUUCUUCCUACUGUUUGGCUUCGAGACCUCACUAUUCUCAGCUACAUCUCAGCCGGGGGAGUUAUCGCAUCUAUAUUGGUUGUUUUCUGCUUGUUUUGGGUUGGGCUGGUUGACAAAGUGGGUUUUCAAAACAAAGGAACUGCACUGGACCUAACAGGUCUUCCAGUUGCCAUUGGACUCUAUGGAUACUGUUAUUCAGGCCAUGCUGUCUUCCCAAACAUCUACACUUCAAUGAAGAAACCUAGCCAAUUCCCAUCAGUUCUUUUCACAAGCUUUAUAAUUUGUACAGCGAUGUAUGCUGGAGUCGCAGUGAUGGGGUACAAAAUGUUUGGGGAGUCCACAAAGUCACAAUUCACUCUCAACAUGCCUCAAAAUAUGGUUGCUUCGAAGAUUGCAGUUUGGACUACGAUAGUAAACCCAUUUACAAAAUAUGCUUUGACCAUGACUCCUGUUGCACUGAGUCUGGAGGAGUUGAUACCAUCAAACCAUCUCAGAUCCCACAUUUAUGCUAUCCUCAUCAGAACAGCCUUGGUAAUUUCUACCUUGGUUGUAGGUCUCUCCGUCCCAUUCUUUGGUUUGGUGAUGGCGUUGAUUGGUUCUUUGCUCACCAUGCUUGUAACAAUGAUUCUUCCUUGUGCUUGCUUUUUGAGCAUCCUUAAGGGCAAAGUGACUCGGAUUCAGGGAUCAUUAUGUAUUUUGAUUAUUGUACUAGGGGUUAUUUCCUCCACGAUUGGCACGAUCUCUGCCAUCUCUAGAAUUAUAGAGAGCUUGCGUUAAUACUCUCUCUCUCUCUCUCUCUCUCUCUAGAAGAAAUGUAAAAACCUUAAAUAUCUUCAAAUUUUCAUUCUUUUUUAUUUUUAUUUUUCCUUUUUGACUACAUUGGGAAUGAUAGUGCUUACACCCUAAUCACAAUCACUCCCAAUCAAAGAUUAUCGGUACAAGUAUUGGGAAAUAUAAUGAAAUUGGUAUUGUCCCUUA